AUGCCUCUGAAGAAAACAUCGAAGAAGGCUGCUGACGUGAACAUUUAUACUGAUACCGAUGCUAGGUCUACCGCUGUACUCGCAACCAAGACUGACAUAGCCUUAGAGUCUGACAUGAUUGCCGUCCUGUACGAUAACAUGUAUACCGGCAACGACAAAGGUCUUGGAAUAGUCAGGGAACACGCAAGAAUACCUGCACUAAAGACCAAGCUCAAAGGGUUGGAGAGACAGCUCAACAAGUCAGACGACAAGCUCAAAGAGAUGAUGGACCGUUUCAGCGAACUCCACAACGCCUUCAAUCGGCAAGCGCAACAGACAGACGUGAGGUUUCUCUCUACAUUCCGGAGAGAUUUCAUGGACGAUGAGUCGAGGGAAAGUCAAAAGGUCAUCGACAAGGGAAACAUCGCCGCUCACCACGGAUUCUUUAUGGCGGACGCUAUGCUAUACGAUCCAGAGGGCUUUAAGGACGAACACGGCCAGCAAUUCCCACCACGCACUGAUCAGGAUACCUUCAAGCUUCUUUAUGGUGUUGACCCUAGCCUUGCUGAGAAAAUCGAUUACACGCCGACAGUUCAGGUACUGGAGAGACAUGCCACGGUUCGCGCUUCGUCUAGAUUUCAAAUGACCGCCCUGUUCGAGGAGAAAUUUCAAGCAUUCAUACGCGCUUUGAAAGCCACAGACUUCGCUGGUGAUUACCUGAAUUUCCAAUCAGAUCAGGUUGCAGAGCUUCUGUUCGCAUACCAAAAGUUCUGGAAGGCUAGCAGACAGUGCCAGCCACUAGGGUGA